GCGGCCGCCGAGGCCCUGCGCCCAGCUCUCUGUCAGCCCCGGUCCCGCGUGCUGCGUGCUGGGGGACGCCGUGCGCCCCGGCGUCCGACCCAGGGGCAGCCUCCGGCGGACCCACGCCCCGGGCCGCGCCGAUUGGGCGGGCAGGUUCUCCGCCCCUCGGAAAGUUUUGGGUGCCGGGAGGAAGUUGAACCUUGAGAGGCUCGGGAGAGGGUAGCUCCGGAGGUCCAGGGGGUCUGAGCGGGCGGCCAUGGAGGAGCCCCCAGUGCGUGGCACGGAGGAGGAGGAAGAGGAAGAAGACGAUGGUGAUGAGGGCGACGAGGGCGACGAUGCGGGGCCCGAAGGGGCGCUAGCCAAGAGUCCCUCGCAACUGACCGCCGAGGACGUGUACGACAUCUCCUACGUGGUGGGCCGCGAGCUGAUGGCCCUGGGCAGCGACCCCCGCGUGACGCAGCUGCAGUUCAGAAUCGUUCGCGUCCUCGAGUUGCUGGAGGCGCUGGUGAGCGAGGGCAAUCUGACUGCCGAGGCACUGCGCAUGGAGAGGGACAGCCUCCGGGCCGAGGUGGCUGGGCUACGCCGCCAGCUCCCGCCAGCUAGCGCGGAGAUGACUCUGGGACCUGACAAGAUGGUGGUCGACCUGACGGACCCCGACCGGCCGCGCUUCACUCUGCAGGAGCUGCGAGACGUGCUGCAAGAGCGUAACCAGCUCAAGUCGCAACUGCUGUUGCUGCAGGAGGAGCUGCAGUGCUACAAGAGUGGCCUGAUUCCACCCAGAGAAAGCCCCGGACGAAGAGGAGGGGAUGCCAUGGCUCCUGGCGCCGGCAGCCGCAAGGAGAAGACCAUCAUAAGGAAGCUGUUCUCUUUCCGGUCAGGGAAGCAGAUCUAGGUCAAGGCCACGACUCAGGCCUCAGAGCCAACACGUUGUGCCGUUCGCACAGCCCACUGCUGCCCUUCGGGGCAGUCUGCGGAGGAAGAUGGGGAUCUCCCAGACUCUCCCUGGCUGCCUGGCUGGAUGUCGUCGAAGCUUCGGCCAUGGCAGGUGAAGCAGCAUCCGGGACUCCAGGAGGCGGAAGGAAAGCACAGCGGGGCCCCCUCUGCCCCCAUCUUCCUGGCACAAGUGUGGCACGUGGGACAGCACACGAGCAUUCCAGUGGGGCAUCACUGAUCCCAAGUGGACAUUAGACUGAGCCUUCAUGACUUCAUGUGAUUUUGUAUUAAAAUAUAA